AUGCUCAUCGCGCUUAUCGGCCCGACACUCUCGGGGAAGACUACUGUCGCGCGAUACCUCAUUCAACGUCACGCUUUCACUCCCGUCACAGCAGCUUCCAAUCUGGACGUCAACGAAGCGGUGGGCUCUCUCAGCUUCAGAUCACAUGCCGACCUGUUGACGCACGUCACUUCCCACUGGAGGCAAAAUUUUGUCACGGAGGAUCUCAGGCGCAUCGAGGACAUCUCGCUCGGCUUCGACAAGAGACCCUUCUUUCUGCUUCAUGUUUCAAUGUCUGAGCAGCGACCGGCACGCUCUCUUAGCAGAUCCUUGAUCAGGGUGCAAAACAGCAGUGCAGAUCUCGCAUCCCUCUACGCUCAUCUGGACGACCUCGACUUGGUCAAUGCAGCCCGUCUACGUCCACCUUGGGACAGCUACUUUCUUUCGCUCUGCACGCUCGCUUCUCUGCGGAGCAAUUGUAUGAAGCGCAGGGUUGGGGCAGUCUUGGUGCGCUCAAACAGAGUCUUGAGCACGGGCUACAACGGCACAGCUAUCGGCCUGCUCAAUUGCAACCAAGGUGGAUGUCCAAGGUGUAAUGGCGGGGCUCAAGGUGGUACAAGGCUGGACGAAUGUCUGUGCCUGCACGCCGAGGAGAAUGCGCUUCUGGAAUGUGGAAGGGAAAGAGGAGGAGCGGAAGGGACUGUGUUGUACUGCAAUACCUGCCCAUGCCUGCGAUGCGCUGUCAAGAUCGUUCAGGUAGGCGUCAAGGAGGUGGUGUACGAGCUGGCGUACAGCAUGGACGACAGGAGCCGAGAAAUUUUUCGCAAUGCGGGUGUCAAGUUCCGACAAUGUCAUCCAUGA